AUAAGUGAAAAUGACCUUAACUUGGAAGGCUCUCUUUUCUAUUCGAGUAUCCCGUUCCUUGUCAUUGCAUUGACUGGAAAUCUGUUGGUCAUACAAAUUGUGCACAAGACACAAGAGAUGCAGACGCUGAUAAAUUGUCUUUUAGCGGGCAUGGCCUUAAGCGACGUCAUUUCUAUUUUGGUAUUGUCAUUUUACUUCUUUGAAUUUAAAACAACGUUCACCUGCAAGCUUGUCGUUAUAGUUGAAAUUUCAAAAAUGGUUUCUUCUAUUACCCUCACUAUGUUAGCAGUGAAAAGAUACCAUGCUGUACUGAAACCUUUGAGGGCAGGACAGAGAUUAAAUGAAGUUAAAUGAAGACAGCGUAUUUGGGUAGCUGGUGUUGUAAAAUGUUUCUCGGAAUUUUUUUCUUAA